GCACCUAACACAGUACUACUGAUAGGUUCAUUGGCUAUUGUCCUUCCAAGGCGAUGUCAACUAAUGGCUAAGUUGCAUCUUAAACGCACUCCCGCUGAGGAGGCCGAACGGGCUCUCCGCAAGGCUCGAAAAGCCGCAAAGACAGCAAGGAAACAGUCACAUCUGUCGGAGGAAACAGGCCAGCAUGGAGAAUCUAGCUCCAAAAGGAGACGCAGAGGAGAAGCCAUUGAUUCUGAUCUUGACGAAGAGGUUUAUGGCCCUCCACCUCCCCCGUCGCGGUCAUCCGCACACAAACCUGAUUAUGACACCAUUCUUUCUGAGUUGGAGGACGCUCGCUUCAGAGAGAAAAUGUGGGAUGCUUUACGGGAUGAUGAACGGCUGGAUGGUAUAGACGCUAGAUUUAACGAUUAUGCCCAUGUCCCCGAUAGAUGGCGGGCGAACGCAGCCAGCGGUGGAAGCCCUGAGGACCAAACGGAUAUGGAUCCGCGGUUUAUGGACGAUGACACUUACACCGAGUGGAUUCGAGCAGGGAUGUGGAGGUUUGUUUCUCAGCUGCAAGUAGUUCCCUGCAGUUGUAUUGAGUGUCCACGUAACAGGCGAAAAAAUGCGCGCCAAUACGAAGAAGAAGCACGCAUGAAGGCGGAAAAGACAGCUCGUAGCGCUAGGAAGAAGGAAAUGAAAGCAGAGGCGACCAGACUCGAAAAGGUUGCGGAAGAGCGAAGAAAACAGAAGAAAAGAGAAAAGGAGAGCCAACGAGAGGAGAACGCUCGAGCAGAGUACGACAGAAAGUGGAAGGAUCUCUUGGAUCCCAAUGCUCGGCAUGGCUCUCCCCUUUUCUUCGGAGACAUACCAUGGCCACUAUUUGUACCCAUGAUGCACUCAGAUACCGUUCAUUCGGACUCAUCCUCAAUUACGUUGGAACACUUCACGACAACAGCAAUAUCUGCAUUCCUGAUACCGAUUUCUACAAUCUCUGCGCUCGCUCAGGACGUCGGUGUUUCUCUCCCCACUCAUGAUCGUGACAAGAAGGAGAAGAAAGAGAAAUUACGGGAGACGAUGCUACGGUUUCAUCCAGAUAAGUUUGAAGGACGGGUCAUGCGGAAGGUCAUCGAAACAGACAAAGAUAGAGUAAGGGAGGCUGUGGGUCAGGUGGCUCGAGUUCUCAACACUCUCAUGGAGGAAUAGAUCGAUGGUAUAGUCCGUCACUCCGGUUCUUCAAUUCGAAGAUGAUAUCUACCAAUCACCAAUC